CAUGCGGGAGCUGGCGAUCGAGAUCGGCAUACGGGUCCUGCUCUUCGGGGUCUUCGUUUUCACAGAGUUUUUGGAUCCAUUCCAACGGGUUAUCCAGCCAGAAGAGAUUUGGCUGUAUAAAAAUCCUCUGGUGCAAUCAGACAACAUACCUACACGUCUUAUGUUUGCAAUUUCGUUCCUUACGCCACUGGCAGUCAUUUUUGUUGUGAAAAUAAUCCGGCGGACAGACAAGACUGAAAUUAAAGAGGCUUUCUUAGCUGUUUCCUUGGCUCUAGCUCUGAAUGGUGUCUGCACAAAUACUAUUAAAUUAAUAGUGGGAAGACCGCGUCCCGAUUUCUUUUACCGCUGCUUUCCAGAUGGAGUAAUGAACUCUGAAAUGCACUGCACAGGUGAUCCAGAUCUGGUGUCUGAAGGCAGAAAAAGCUUUCCAAGUAUCCACUCUUCCUUUGCAUUUUCAGGCCUUGGCUUUACCACGUUCUACUUAGCUGGAAAGUUGCACUGCUUCACGGAAAACGGCCGAGGGAAGAGCUGGCGGCUUUGUGCAGCAAUUCUGCCCCUCUACUGCGCCAUGAUGAUUGCCCUGUCACGUAUGUGUGACUACAAACAUCACUGGCAAGAUGCUUUCGUUGGAGGGAUCAUUGGCCUCAUUUUUGCUUAUAUAUGCUACAGACAACACUACCCUCCUUUGGGUAAUACAGCUUGUCAUAAAUCUUAUGUCAGCCUGCUAGAUCAGAACUCUGUGAAGAAAGAAGAGAGACCUACAGCAGAUAAUGCUACUGGCUUGCCUCUGGAAGGAAUAACUGAAGGUCCCGUAUGA